UGCAUAUCAAGCCGCCACUGAUAUUGACAAUGAGCGACAAGUUCGAUGCGAGUGCCAAGGACAUCGCCGUUGGUCUCUCCGUUCUGGUCUUCGGAAAGCAUGCAGGAGUGGUGAAAUACGUUCCCGACACUCGAAGCGCCCUGCUCGGGAUCGAGCUCAAUCGUCCCGUGGGGGACUGUGACGGCAUUGCGGCGGACGGACGCCAGUAUUUCAAGUGUCGACCAUUACAUGGCAUCUACCUCCGGGAGGAAAACUUGACGCCGUACUCGGCCAAAGACGCCGCCGCCGUGCGGAUUCAGUCCAUGUGGCGCCGUCGCAAGACCGUGCUGGCGUUUACGACGGUGGUGCUAUCAUCCAUGUGGAACAUGCUUGACAACAACCAAGAGCAACUCAACAUGAAGCGCGCGGAGAAGACCAAGAGCGCGUCGCAAGCGCUGAGUCUCUUGGCCAAGCAAACCUCCAAGAGCGAGAUCAAGAUUUCCCACAGUGUGUCGUCCAUCACAGACGACUACGCAGGCCCUCGCCUGGUAUUUCCGUUGCGAUUGCACAAUGUGCUGGACCUGCUUGAGCAGUUUAAGAAGAGCGUCGUGCUACAUUCCAAAUAUGUCAUGGAGGUGCUGCUGGAAGCAAAGAAAGUGUUCAACGCUUUGCCCACGUUGCAAGAGAUUUCGGUCGCCGACGGUGAAAAGCUCACGGUUGUGGGCGACAUCCACGGACAACUCAAAGAUCUGUUUACGAUCUUCACCACGAACGGGUUGCCGUCGUUGAAAAAUAAGUACUUGUUCAACGGGGACUUUGUUGACCGCGGCGCGUACGGCACCGAGGUCAUGAUGACGUUGUUGUGUUUCAAGUUGCUGUAUCCGGACAGCGUGUUCUUAAACCGAGGGAACCACGAAUCGCGCAACCAAAACUCGUGGAUGGGGUUUGAAGAAGAGAUCUGGGCCAAGUACGACGGCACGGCGGACGGCGACCCUUGCCGCGCCAGCACCGUGUACGACACGUUCCAAAGCGUGUUCGAUUCGUUGCCGCUGUGCUCGCUCGUGCUGAAAAAGAUCUUUGUCGUCCACGGAGGCCUCUUUUCCUGCGAUAACGUUACCCUGGCCCACAUCAAAGCCAUCAACCGCAAGCGCGAACCGCCGCUGCACCAGUCUGGCUUUGAAGACAAGAUCUACGAAGACAUGCUGUGGAGCGACCCCCGCACGAUUCCAGGCCGACAGCCGUCCGAGCGAGGCGCGGGCACCGAGUUUGGACACGAAGUGACCAACAACUUUUGCGCCGUGAACCGAGUGGCGUUGGUCAUUCGAUCGCACGAGUGUGUGCCAGAAGGAUACGACGUCCUGCACGGCGGGCGCCUCAUCACGCUGUUCUCGGCAUCGCGGUACUGCGGCACCCAGAUGAACAAGGGCGCGUUCUUGACGCUUGGCAGCGACCUGCAGCCCGAGAUCCAGCAGUUCUACGGGAACCCCCUCGUUGAAUCCGAGUGGGAACGGCCAGUGGAUGAGCAGGCCAAGAUGCACGAGAACCUCGAGGGCGAUGCGCUGCGGAUGAUUGCCGAGAGAAUUUGCGACCACAAGGCCGAUCUAUUCUGGUACUUUACCCAGCAUGCUCACGAGAAGAGCGGCACGGUGCCGCGCCUGGUGUGGGCGGAAGCGCUCAAGAGCAUCAUGGGCAUGGAGUUACCGUUUUUGCUCUAUCAAACCAAACUUGCCGACGCCGAGCCCGACAACUCGAUCAAUUACUCCAAGUUCUUGUCGCGCUAUCGCAUUGAAAACCCCGCCGUGGACGCGUCUGGGUGGCAGGAAAGCAUUAUUUCGACAAUUUGCAAGAAAUUGUAUCGGGCGAUGGGCGCCGGCAGCAUUGAACAGGCGUUCAAAGUGUUUGACGCGGACGACAGCGGCACGAUCGAGUACGACGAGUUUAUGAACAUUUUAAAAAGCAUGGACACGGGCUUGUCCGACCAACAAAUGUUUGAACUCAUGCGAACCGCUGACACGAACGACGACGGGCGAUUGGAUUUCAAGGAGUUCAUUUCUCGCUUUGACGUGAUCUUCACGGACGUACGCCUCGCCAACUCACAGAGCUUCAUCGGGCCCCCGCCGGCCCCGACGUCGUUGUCGGCGCCGUCGAAAUUGGUCCGCAAGAUGUCCGAGCGCGCCGUGUCGCUUACCCCCGCGCCCAAGCAAGAUGUGGACGAAGGCACAAUGUCGGCGUUGGUGGCGAUUGGCCGCGCAUUCUUCAAGCUGGAAGGGUCAUUGCUGGAGAUCUUCCACCGGUUCGACACGAACCGCGACGGCGUGCUGCAGAAGGACGAGUUUUUCCAGGCGUUAAGUGCAUUGGCACUGACGUAUGACGACGAGUUGCUGGUCAAGAUCAUGGGAGCCGUGGACUUGGAUGGCGGCGACACGAUCGACUACAAGGAGUUUUUGGCGGCGUUUGCCGUCAAGGACGCGAGCGAGCAGGCCGCGCUGGACAAGGGCGCCAUGACGUGGCAGCAGUCGGUGCUGCAGCAGGUGUCCAACAUGUUUUACCAGCACCGCAUCCAUAUCCGCGCGGCAUUCCGGCUGUUUGAUGUGGACAACUCGGGCACGAUCUCAACCGACGAGUUUCGGGCGGGCAUCUCUACGUUCAAUGCAAUCAUGGACAGCCCCCUCACGGACGAACAAAUUGAGGCGCUGCUGGCCCACUUGGACGCGGACGGCGACGGAAUCAUCAGCUACAAGGAGUUCCUUGAAGGGUUUCAAGUCGUGGACGUGCGUUUGCAAGAGUAAAACGACGAUGGACUGUCGUUGUGGAGCGACUGAACGGGAAAGAAAUAUAAACACCAGCAUGAAACUGUACUAGAGGAUGGCUCUACUAUUAGUACAAUGUGUUGUCAAUAUACUGUACUGUCGGGUGGUUGGG